AUGAACUCACUCAGAUACCUCCGGCCGGUGGCCUCGCGUAUGCAGACGCCGACGCUGCCCAGACUCUCACGCGGAUUCGCCAGCAAGACAUACGAGUUCAUUCAGGUCUCUCAGCCCAAGCCUGGUGUUGGUCAAGUGACGUUGAACCGUCCCAAGGCCUUGAACGCCCUCUGCACUCCCCUCAUCCAUGAGCUCAACGAUGCGCUAAGGGCUUUCAACGCGUCGGACGAAACGUCCGUCAUCGUCCUGACAGGCUCCCAAAAGGCCUUUGCAGCCGGUGCCGACAUCAAGGAGAUGGCUCCUCUCACCUUUUCCGAGGCAUACACCAAGUCCUUUAUCGAGUCGUGGUCGCUUCUCACCACCGAGGUCAAGAAGCCCAUCAUCGCCGCCGUUUCCGGUCACGCGCUCGGCGGAGGCUGUGAGCUGUCCAUGAUGUGCGACAUCCUCUACUGCACCGAGACUGCCAACUUUGGCCAGCCCGAGAUCAAGCUCGGCACGAUCCCGGGUGCCGGCGGCAGCCAGAGACUCACCCGGGCUAUCGGAAAGUCCAAGGCCAUGGAGUUGAUCCUGACGGGCAAGUCCUUCAGCGGUGCCGAUGCCGAGAAGUGGGGUCUUGCGGCCAAGGCAUUCCCUUCGUACGAGGUUCUCAUGGAGGAGACGCUGAAAACGGCAGAGACCAUCGCCGGCUACUCGAGGGUGUCCAUCAACGCGUGCAAGGAAGUUGUGAACAAGAGCCAGGAUCUGCCUCUGAGGGAUGGUGUCGAAUUCGAGCGGAGAGUAUUUCACAGCUUGUUCGGCAGCAACGACCAAAAGAUUGGCAUGAAGGCAUUCGCAGAGAAGAAGAAGGCAGAGUGGACUCACUCUUGA